AUGGAACGGGAAUGUAGACUACCUGCAUUCUCAAGUUUACGUGCUCAACAAAAUUUUGAUCUAUGCAGAUUUCUUGGUACAUGGUAUGAAAUAAAAUGGUUCCUGACUGGAGAAACAUCUGAUGAUAUAUGGGGUGAUCAUUCUCAAUUAUUUGACUUUCAAGAUAAGGGUAAACGACGUCUUAUUGUUUACGGUCAAGCACGAAACCCUAAUGAAACAAAUUGUUUUUCAACUGGUUCAUGGUCAAUUGAUGCAAGUAAUGGUGCAAGAAUGAUUCUUAGAACGGAAGAUCUCAAAAAUGGACCCAUAGUUAAUUGGCCUUUCCUUGUAUUAAAAACUGAUUAUUAUCAUUAUGCAUUAGUUUAUUUUUGUAUUUCAAAAAAUUAUAGACAAACUAAUCCAUGUAAAGAACGACAUGUAACUAUAUAUAGUCGACAAAAAACUUUAGCAGCCAAAUAUUUAAAUCCACUUGUUCGAUAUGUUGAUAAGAACUUAUGUAUUAGUCCAAAACAACUUAUAACAACUCCAUAUCAGGAAAAACCAUGUCCAGCACUGUGA